AUGCCCGAGUCCACCCCAGUGGCUGCUGUGCCAUCCAUCUUACUGAGGUCUCCCUGGCCGGCCUUCCAGCUGCACAGAGGACCAAGCGGUGAUCAGUGCCUGGCAGAGGCCCUCAGUAACUGCUGUCGCAAAGGGAGGUGCUCGAAGGGCUCGGACGGAGCCAGACGACCCGCAGGCAGCAUCUUCUCACUGCCAAGGCUGGGGGUUAGACGGUUCCCGCGGACCCGGCCUUCCCUCCCCGCCCUGAGAGAGUUACUGGUGUCCAGAGCUGGGCAGCCCCUCCCGCCCGCCGGUCCUGGUACCGGGUCCCACGCUCAGCAGUGUCUCCCUAACUGGGUGCAGUGCUACCAGGGCUCCUCCUGCGCAGCAAUCCACGUGGCACUGGCCUCGCCCCCCGCUUGGCGCCUGGAGGUGGGUGUGGAGGGUGGGCGGGGACAGGUGGGGUCCUCGGUCCACGCUCUGAGUGACUCAGGUCCUACUCUUGCUUCCAGGGAACUGACAACCCGCCCGCUCGGCACCAUGCCGCUCCCGCCUCCGGCUCCGCGCGCCAAGAAGUUGCGGCACCCAGAGAGGUCACCCGAGGCGCUGCUCUCGGGUUCCUGGGCCUCGGCCCCCAGCAGGACGCCCCCCAGCCCGGCCACACCUCGUCUCCCGUCCCGGGCCGCGGCCUCUCGCCCGAAUCUCCCGGUUCGCUGCGCCCCUUCGGGGCGCGCUCCCUUCAGCUACAGCCUGGUGCCUGGGACUUCGCGCACGGGCACCGUCCCAGGACCGGGGACUCGGGCCGCGGCACGUCUCGCCCGGAGCCUGCCUUCUGAGACCAUGCUGCUUCUCCGCCGGCGCCACUUGGAGCCCCAGCCUCCGCCCGCCAGUCCCCGGGCGCGCCUGCCCUCUGGAGAGCCGCGCGCCGCGCUGCGGGUGUCGCUCCUGAACCAGCCACACCAGUACGACGACGCAGAGGAUGGGGCCGAGGCGCCGGUGGCCGACGAGGAUCUGGUGCGUAAGUGCACCGAGUGGCUGCGCGGCCUGGAGACAGCGGCUUCGCGCACCCGCGAGACGGCGGCCUCGCGCUCCCGCGCCCGCAGGCUGGACGCGCUGCCGCACCCGGGCACGCUGUGA